GCGCUUUUACCGGGGCACGCGGCGAGCGUGACCACGCCCCUUACGUCCGGACGCUCGGUCGCCUCCCGAGGCGUCGUAAUCGCCGCCCAGAGGGAAGGAGGUCGGCAGUGCGAGGAGCUGCUAUGGUGCUGAGUUUCCUGGUAGAGCCGGCCGAGCCGAGGCGGUCGCGGCCAUGAAGGCGGGUGCCACGUCUAUGUGGGCUUCGUGCUGUGGGCUGCUGAAUGAAGUCAUGGGAACUGGAGCUGUCAGGGGCCAGCAGUCAGGAUUUGCAGGAGCCACCGGUCCAUUCAGAUUUACACCAAACCCUGAGUUUUCCACCUACCCACCAGCGGCUACGGAAGGGCCCAACAUAGUCUGUAAAGCCUGUGGACUUUCAUUUUCAGUCUUUAGAAAGAAGCAUGUUUGCUGUGACUGCAAGAAGGAUUUUUGCUCCGUUUGUUCAGUCUUACAAGAAAAUCUCCGUAGAUGUUCUACUUGUCACUUAUUACAAGAGACAGCAUUUCAGCGCCCUCAGUUAAUGCGACUGAAGGUGAAGGACCUGCGGCAGUAUCUCAUUCUGAGAAAUAUACCCAUAGAUACUUGUCGUGAGAAAGAAGACUUGGUGGAUCUAGUACUGUGCCAUCAUGGACUAGGCUCUGAGGACGACAUGGACACAAGCAGUCUGAAUUCUUCAAGGUCCCAGACUUCUAGCUUUUUUACACGUUCGUUUUUUUCAAACUAUACAGCCCCCUCUGCUACUAUGUCUUCGUUUCAGGGAGAGCUUGUGGGUGGAGACCAGACAUCCAGAUCUGGAGUGCUGGCACAGGUACAAAGUGAAAUCACUUCAGCAAACACAGAAGAUGAUGAUGACGACGAUGAUGAGGAUGAUGAUGACGAAGAAGAAAACGCGGAGGAUCAGAACCCCGGGCUCUCCAAGGAGAGAGUGAGAGCUUCGCUGUCUGACUUGUCAAGCCUUGAUGAUGUGGAAGGGAUGAGCGUGCGCCAGCUGAAGGAAAUUCUGGCUCGGAAUUUUGUCAACUAUUCUGGCUGUUGUGAAAAAUGGGAACUGGUAGAGAAAGUAAACCGGUUAUACAAAGAGAAUGAAGAAAACCAAAAGUCCUAUGGCGAGCGGCUGCAGCUGCAGGAUGAGGAAGACGACAGCCUGUGUCGCAUCUGCAUGGAUGCCGUCAUCGACUGUGUCCUACUGGAGUGUGGGCACAUGGUUACCUGCACCAAGUGCGGCAAGCGCAUGAGUGAGUGUCCCAUCUGCCGGCAGUAUGUGGUGCGAGCCGUGCACGUGUUCAAGUCCUGAAACAGGCUCCCCUCACCAGGACAGUCACCCCCAAACUUGACCCCAAACAUUUCAAUGCACAGAAGGGACUAGAAACUUACUGUUCAAAGGCUGAAGCUAUGUUUAAACAUUAUUUUCACUACUAAGGGGACAGAAAGAUCCAUCCUGAGUUGUGGGAACAUUGGUCCAUGCCAUGAGCCUGUCUGCCUGUCGACACAUGAGCUUCCCAGGCUCAGCUGGGCUUUCUCACGCAUCCCGUGAACACUCAUUGAAGUCAGCCUGUUUGCACCAUGUGGGCAUCAGCCACUGCUGUCUUGGGAGGACACUUAUCCUGUUCUCUUAUUUCCCCUUCAUCCUAUUUUUAACUUAAACUGCUCAGAUGUUUGAAACUUCUGUCCUCUUUGGAUGAGAUCAGUGUCCACAAGUGGCCGACAUGGAACAUGCCAAGCAGUGGCUCCUCUGAAUGUUCACUUUAUUAGUCAUGUAUAUUUUAAAUGCUAACAUUUGAUGAAUGUAAGUUUCCACAUUGUUGCUGUUUCUGCAUUUAAACAUAAUUGGGAACAACUGACAUUCUCUAGUCUACUGCCAGGGCCUUAGACUCCACAUGUCCAUUUUUGUUCAGGUAUAGCUUUUUAUAGCAAGGGCUGCAUCUAGCUUCUUUUAUUAGAAGUGUGUGUGCUAAAUUCCUUAUUAAUGUGUAAUCAGUUUACACUGUUUUGUAUAGUGAAGGUGUAUUUUCAGUGCUACCCGCUAGCUGAUUUUAACUUUAGGAAUAAAAUUAGUUUUAACAGCUUUG